GUUGAAUCUAAUAUUACUAUUAUUAGAUAAGUACCUUGGUUUGUGUAACGAUGCACCUUGUUGAAUGUUGUCUGUUGUUAUUUAUUUUGGGUGACCCAACGGCUUCACAGAGCUGUAGGGAAUAUUCGCAGAGUUGCAAUGAUGACAAAGCCUGUUGCGGAGGAUGUUGUAUGGACGGGAUAUGCAAAGAUACAUAUGCAGACUGCAGACUGAAUUCCGAUCCUUGCUUGGAAGCAUUGUGUCCACCGGAUCAAGAAUGUUACGUCUACUACCCCACACACUGUCCUGGUUGUGGACCUACAAAAGAAUGUCGAGAUGCUCCACGUCCACCAGAAAUUCCGACUUCUACGGAGGCUGCCAAAAUAGCAAACAAGUCUUCCAACUUUACACUCAGCAAAAGUGUGUUCUUUAUCUCGUUUUUGAUAUUAUACACUUUUUAUAGAUAGAAUGGUGACUGUUAUUUUAUUGGAAUAGCACAACUUUUAUAAAAUACAUAACACCAUUCAGUCAGUCAGUUUCAUGAAGCUAGCUAAAAAAACGUGAGUAGGGUAUAAUAUUGAUAUUAUCGAUGAAUCUAUGUUAUUGAGAAUUAUCGAUAAACCGAUAAUUCUUUAUCUGAUAUUUUAUCGAUAAUAAUUAUCGAUAUAUCGGUAAAGUUGCCCACCCCUACAGCCUUGUACGGACGAUGUUCCACUAAAAUUAUAUGAAUUUCCUUUCGUACGCUCCAAGAGAUAAGAAAAGUGAAACCCAUAUAGCAAUACUGAUGAACGGAGUAAACAUAUUUCAAGAUUAGUUUUUGAUAUUUUGUCCAGGACGAUACUGCUUUGGGAAAGUGUUUCCCGGACUAUAGGUUUAAAAGAAC